CCGAGGAGCCGUCGCCGCCAUUUCAAGAUCGUGAGAGGUAGAUGGCCAACCAGAGUUCUAGGGUUCGAAAGCUGUAACUGUUGCUGCUGCUUAAGCCUGCCAAAGCACUGGUACGGCUGCUGCCCCUGUGCUACUACCUCUAGAAACAUUCUUGCCAGUAGUGGCGGCUUCAGGAUUCAAUUACCACCUUCUCAUACUCGCUCUAGAAGCUCCAGAUGGCGUCUUCCGUGGGCAACGUGGCCGACAGCACAGAACCAACGAAACGUAUGCUUUCCUUCCAAGGGUUAGCUGAGUUGGCACAUCGCGAAUAUCAGGCAGGAGAUUUUGAGGCAGCUGAGAGACACUGCAUGCAGCUCUGGAGACAAGAGCCAGACAAUACUGGUGUGCUUUUAUUACUUUCAUCUAUACACUUCCAGUGUCGAAGGCUGGACAGAUCUGCCCAUUUUAGUACUCUGGCAAUUAAACAGAACCCCCUUCUGGCAGAAGCCUAUUCAAAUUUGGGGAAUGUGUACAAGGAAAGAGGGCAGUUGCAGGAAGCAAUUGAGCAUUACCGGCAUGCAUUGCGUCUCAAACCAGAUUUCAUCGAUGGUUAUAUUAACCUGGCAGCUGCUUUGGUAGCAGCAGGCGACAUGGAAGGGGCAGUACAAGCUUACGUCUCUGCUCUUCAGUACAAUCCUGAUUUGUACUGUGUUCGCAGUGACCUGGGGAACCUGCUCAAAGCCCUGGGUCGCUUGGAAGAAGCCAAGGCAUGUUAUUUGAAAGCAAUUGAGACGCAACCGAACUUUGCUGUAGCUUGGAGUAAUCUUGGCUGUGUUUUUAAUGCACAAGGGGAGAUUUGGCUUGCAAUUCAUCACUUUGAAAAGGCUGUCACCCUUGACCCCAAUUUUCUGGAUGCUUAUAUCAAUUUAGGAAAUGUCUUGAAAGAGGCACGGAUUUUUGACAGAGCUGUGGCAGCUUACCUUCGUGCUCUAAGCUUGAGUCCAAAUCAUGCGGUGGUACACGGCAACCUGGCUUGUGUAUACUAUGAGCAAGGCCUGAUAGAUCUAGCAAUAGACACCUACAGGCGAGCUAUUGAACUGCAGCCGCAUUUCCCUGAUGCUUACUGCAACUUAGCCAAUGCUCUCAAACAGAAGGGCAGUGUUGCUGAAGCAGAAGAUUGUUAUAAUACAGCUCUCCGACUGUGUCCCACCCAUGCAGACUCUCUGAACAACCUAGCCAAUAUCAAACGGGAACAGGGAAACAUUGAAGAGGCAGUUGGCUUGUAUCGUAAAGCAUUAGAAGUCUUCCCAGAGUUUGCUGCUGCCCAUUCAAAUUUAGCAAGUGUAUUACAGCAGCAGGGAAAACUGCAGGAAGCUCUGAUGCAUUAUAAGGAGGCAAUUCGAAUCAGUCCUACUUUUGCUGAUGCUUACUCUAAUAUGGGAAACACUCUAAAGGAGAUGCAAGAUGUUCAGGGAGCCUUGCAGUGUUAUACUCGUGCCGUUCAGAUUAACCCUGCAUUUGCAGAUGCCCACAGUAAUCUGGCUUCCAUUCACAAGGAUUCAGGGAAUAUUCCAGAAGCAAUUGCUUCUUAUCGCACUGCUCUGAAGCUUAAACCUGAUUUUCCUGAUGCUUACUGUAAUUUGGCUCAUUGCCUGCAGAUUGUCUGUGACUGGACAGACUAUGAUGAGCGAAUGAAGAAGUUGGUUAGCAUUGUGGCUGACCAGUUAGAGAAGAAUAGGUUGCCUUCUGUGCAUCCUCAUCAUAGUAUGCUAUAUCCUCUUUCUCAUGGCUUCAGGAAAGCUAUUGCUGAGAGGCAUGGGAACCUCUGCUUGGAUAAGAUUAAUGUCCUUCAUAAACCACCAUAUGAGCAUCCAAAAGACUUGAAGCUCAGUGAUGGUCGACUGCGUGUAGGAUACGUGAGUUCUGACUUUGGGAAUCAUCCUACUUCUCAUCUUAUGCAGUCUAUUCCAGGCAUGCACAAUCCUGAUAAAUUUGAGGUAUUCUGUUAUGCCUUGAGCCCAGAUGAUGGCACAAACUUCCGAGUGAAGGUGAUGGCAGAAGCCAAUCAUUUCAUUGAUCUUUCUCAGAUUCCAUGCAAUGGAAAAGCAGCUGAUCACAUCCAUCAAGAUGGUAUACACAUCCUUGUAAAUAUGAAUGGUUAUACCAAGGGUGCUCGAAAUGAACUCUUUGCUCUCAGGCCAGCUCCUAUUCAGGCAAUGUGGCUGGGGUAUCCUGGGACUAGUGGCGCACUUUUCAUGGAUUAUAUCAUCACUGAUCAGGAAACUUCACCUGCUGAAGUUGCUGAGCAAUAUUCUGAGAAGCUGGCUUAUAUGCCUCAUACUUUCUUUAUUGGUGAUCAUGCUAAUAUGUUCCCUCACCUGAAGAAAAAAGCAGUUAUCGAUUUUAAGUCCAAUGGGCACAUUUAUGACAAUCGGAUUGUGCUGAAUGGCAUCGACCUCAAAGCAUUUCUUGAUAGUCUACCAGAUGUGAAAAUUGUAAAGAUGAAAUGUCCUGAUGGAGGAGACAAUGCGGACAGCAGUAAUACAGCUCUUAAUAUGCCUGUCAUUCCUAUGAAUACUAUUGCAGAAGCAGUUAUUGAAAUGAUUAACAGAGGACAAAUUCAGAUAACAAUUAAUGGAUUCAGUAUUAGCAAUGGACUGGCGACUACCCAGAUCAACAAUAAGGCUGCCACUGGAGAAGAGGUUCCUCGUACCAUUAUUGUUACGACACGUUCUCAGUAUGGGUUACCAGAAGAUGCAAUUGUGUACUGUAACUUUAAUCAGUUAUAUAAAAUUGACCCUUCCACUUUGCAGAUGUGGGCAAAUAUUCUGAAGCGUGUUCCCAAUAGUGUACUGUGGCUGUUACGUUUUCCAGCAGUAGGAGAACCUAAUAUUCAACAAUAUGCACAGAAUAUGGGACUUCCUCAGAAUCGUAUCAUUUUUUCACCUGUUGCUCCUAAAGAGGAACAUGUCCGGAGAGGCCAACUGGCUGAUGUCUGUCUAGACACUCCCCUUUGUAAUGGGCACACCACAGGGAUGGAUGUUCUCUGGGCAGGGACACCCAUGGUGACUAUGCCAGGAGAGACUCUUGCUUCUCGAGUUGCGGCUUCCCAGCUCACUUGUUUAGGUUGUCUUGAGCUUAUUGCUAAAAAUAGACAAGAAUAUGAAGACAUAGCUGUGAAGCUGGGGACUGAUCUAGAAUACCUGAAGAAAAUUCGUGGCAAAGUCUGGAAGCAGAGAAUAUCUAGCCCUCUGUUCAACACCAAACAAUACACAAUGGAACUAGAGAGGCUGUAUCUACAGAUGUGGGAGCAUUAUGCAGCUGGCAACAAACCUGAUCACAUGAUGAAGCCUGUUGAAGUCACUGAGUCUGCCUAAAUAAAGACACCAUGUACACAGGAGAAUUACCCCAUACCUGAGCCUCAACCUUCUGGUGAAAGGGAACUAAAUAUGUACUUUUUACUUAUCUGUGUGGUAUCAUGUUGCAGAUGGGUGACAAAUAAUGAUAAUACAAUAGCACAGCCAGACUUGCUUCCUGCAUGAUAGGGAGAGACACUGGAGAUGGAAAACUGCUAUUCUACAAGGAGUCUCCAUAGGAUUUUGCAGCAACCAGGUGGUGCAUAGGUCUGGAAGGUCUGAUCUCCCUUGGUCUUCCAUGGGAUGGAUAGUGUGGAGGGGAGAGAGAGAUUGUCCAGCCGUUUUGUGAUUCCAUGGAUUGAUGAGUCUUCUGAAUUAAUUUUUUUCUUUAUAUUUUGGGUAUUGGAGGUUUUAAAAAUGUUUGGUUUCAGGUAUUUUUAUUCAUGUGAAGUGUAUAUUCUCUUGAGAUAAGGUUUUAAGCUAAAAUUUUCCUUGUUUUAGUUUCUGAACUCUACGGAUUAAUGGGAACUUUGCUGGUGUAGUCUUUUUAUAGGUUUUAUAAACCACUUGAGCCUAUAUCAGUCAUUUUAGUGUCUGACAUAAUGUCUGGAGCUAUCAGUGCUUUGUUGGUUUAGAUGAUGACGAUGACGAUGACGAUGAUGACUUAAUAUUUUUCCUGAUCUGUUUCCUAUUUCCUUCUUCCCCUCCCCCCACUUUAAAAUUUCUCCUGUAACUUGGCUAACAAAACCAAGUCUGAUUCAGAACCUCCCAGAGUGUUUCUCUUAAACAUAUCAUCUGGUGCCAAAUGAAAAUUCUUAGGAGUGAUUAUUAAUUAUGAAGGGCACAGUUGUGGUACUGUCAUUGAUGAUAAUAAUAUAGGUUUUUUUGGCCUAGAGUGUUGACCUAUUUCACCAGUGUUUUACCUUUGACUGUCCCUCUAUGCUGCUUCCAAAAGUGAUAAUGUGUGAUAAUAUUUUUACCUUCAUUUCUGAAGUUUGUUUUUUUAAAGUGAGUCCUGUUCUUCCUAUUUCUUUCAGCAGAAAUGAAAUCCCAGGUAAGUAUUCAAAUAUUUGAUCAGUAAGUCAGUUAUCUCUGAUACAUUAAAUAACUUUCAUCAAAAAACAUGUUAUAGGAAAAAAGCUCUAAAGGACCAGAUAAUGUAUAUGAGUAAUUAUUUUUCAGACCUUCUAGGGUAUCAUGUAUAAUAACUGUCUUCUGGACUUGAUCCUGAAGUCUUUUCGGACUCAGCCUCAGUAGUAGCAAACUGCACUGCUACUUGGUUUGAAGUACAAAUUAGACUUUAGCCCUCCUGGAGCUUGAAUUUUUUGGUAUUAAAAAACCAUAGGAAUAAAAUUACUGAAUUUCAACAAAGGAUCGAGAGCUUGAGGCUUAAAUAAGCCAACAUAUGAAUAUGUUUUUGUCUUGCUGUACUGCACAUAUGCUAUCCAGUAACAGGUAAUAUUUUGUCUGCUAGUAGUGUUCUAGAUUAUAAUGUCUUUCCAAAGUGCUGAGGCAGUGCACCUAUUUUGUAGUUGCAGCUGAUGCCUGAAUGUAUCCUAGCUGACAAAUUAUUGAUUAAUAAGAACUUGAAUUUCUGAAAGAUUUAUACUAUUAACCAAAAUCUGAGCAAAGAGUCUCAAGUGUAAUUCUAACCAGAAUUACAUGUUAAUGAACUUGUGUACCUUUUAACAAUGUAAAUCAAGGAACAUCAGUUUAGGGGUUUCUUAAUUUAUUUUUUAUCUAAUUAAGAUACCAAUUAAAGGUUGCCAGCUUGGUUGCAGAUAAAUCAAUGUUUGAAAUUCACCAAACUACUUAAUGUGGAAUAGGAUAAUAUACUUCCAGUGCCCUCAAGGCUGUGACCUUACAGCCAUUUUACAUAGCACAUCAUUCCUCCUAUGGGGAUGAACCUUUUCGUGGCACGAAAAGUAGCCGCUCUGGUUGAAACUUUGCUUAUUGUAACAGGCUUUUGUUUCCAGGUAACAUGUCUGUGGAGGACUUAUUUCUGAAUAGAGAUAUAGAUAUUACUGGAAACUAAUUGUUUUUUUCUAUUAUACUCUGCUUUAUCAAAGAAGUAAAACAUUUAAAUUGUGCUACAGAAAUUCAGAUGUUGUCUUGCGAUCUUUAAACAAUAAAUGAAUGAUUUGCCCUUAA